AUGUUCUUAUGGGAGGGCAGGAAAGGUUCGCCUUUGGCCCUUUCCAAGGAGGGAGCGGAAGCUGGCAUUGGGGAGGCACUUGGAGAGGCAAAGACAGAAAAGGCUCGGGAGGGCGGUGGGCCAAGGAAGACCUCUGGGCUUUCAGGCCGAACUUCCACCAUUGUUCCGGGUUCUAGGAAAAGGACAGAAAGACGGGCCAAAGGGCGGAAAAGGGCAAUAAAAUUUGCGAUGGUGUUUUCCUGGGGAGGAGACUGUGGAGCCCAGCAGUUGCUGCUCUUCCUUCUGCUCCACACAUCCUGGGAAGUGGGGAGCGGCCAGAUCCAUUAUUCGGUGGCGGAAGAAGCCAAACACGGUACGUUCGUGGGGCGCAUCGCGCAGGACUUGGGUCUGGAGGUCGGGGAGCUGGUGUCUAGGCUGUUCCGGAUUGUGUCCAAAGGCCGCAGGGAUUACCUGGAGGUAAAUGUGCAGAACGGCAUUUUGUUUGUGAAUUCUCGGAUCGACCGUGAGGAGCUGUGCGGCCGCAAUCCUGUUUGUAGCAUCCAUUUAGAGGUGAUCGUGGACAAGCCUCUGCAGGUUUUUCAUGUGGAGGUGGAGAUCAAGGACAUCAAUGACAACCCUCCUCUAUUUCCAGUGAAGGAACAAAAACUGUUUAUUCCCGAAUCCAGGUUGCUUGAUUCAAGGUUUCCUGUAGAGGGAGCCUCUGACUCGGAUAUUGGCUCUAAUGCCUUACUUAGUUACAGGCUUAGCGCCAGUGAUUACUUCACUCUAGAAAUAAAAUCAAAGAAUGAUCAAAAUAAAUUGGUGGAACUAGUGCUUAAAAAACCAUUAGACAGGGAGGAAGUUCCUGAACAUCACUUAAUACUGUCAGCCACAGAUGGGGGCAAACCUGAACUCACGGGCACAGUACAGCUGCUCAUCACAGUCCUGGAUGUGAACGAUAAUGCCCCCACGUUCGAACGAUCAGAUUACGAAGUGAAGAUAAUGGAAAAUGCGGCUCCCGGAACCUUAGAUCAGACUGAACGCCUCCGAUGCAGACGAGGGCACCAAUCGGGAGAUUUUAUACUCUUUCAACAGUCUCGCUCCACCUGUGAUUAAAGAUAAGUUUCAUAUAAAUCCAGACACAGGAGAAAUUUCAGUUCAAGGACAUUUGGAUUUUGAAGAUGUUAAUUCGUAUGAAAUUAGAGUUGAUGCAACAGACAAAGGAACUCCUUUAUUUAU